CCAACUUGGAAGCCAGGCCGCCAUGAGCGCCGCGCUUUUCAGCCUGGAUAGACCGGCGCGCGGUGCACCCUGGCCCACAGAGCCCGCUGCCUUCUACGAGCCAGGCAGGUUGGGGAAGCCCGGCCGAGGGCCCGAGCCAGGGGAUCUGGGGGAGCCGGGCUCCACGACCCCUGCCAUGUACGACGACGAGAGCGCCAUCGACUUCAGCGCCUACAUUGACUCCAUGGCCGCCGUGCCCACCCUAGAGCUGUGCCACGACGAGCUCUUCGCGGACCUCUUCAACAGCAACCACAAAGCGGCCGGCGCGGGCGGCCUGGAGCUGCUGCAGGGCGGCCCUACGCGACCCCCGGGUGUGGGGUCAGUCGCCAGGGGCCCGCUCAAGCGCGAACCCGACUGGGGCGACGGCGACGCGCCGGGCUCCCUGCUGCCGGCGCAAGUGGCGAUGUGCGCGCAGACAGUGGUGAGCUUGGCGGCCUCGGCUCAGCCCACACCACCCACUUCGCCCGAGCCUCCUCGAGGCAGCCCGGGCCCGAGCCUCCCGCCCCGCCCUGUCCGAGAGAAGGGCGCGAGCAAGAGGGGUCCGGACCGCGGCAGCCCGGAGUACCGGCAGCGGCGCGAGCGCAACAACAUCGCCGUGAGAAAGAGCCGCGACAAGGCCAAGCGCCGCAACCAGGAGAUGCAGCAGAAGCUCGUGGAGUUGUCCGCCGAGAACGAGAAGCUGCAUCAGCGCGUGGAGCAGCUCACGCGGGACCUGGCUGGCCUCCGGCAGUUCUUCAAAGAGCUGCCCAGCCCGCCUUUCCUGCCGCCCUCCGGUACCGACUGCCGGUAACGCGCGGUGUGGGCCUUAGAGACUCUGAACGACCGAUACCUCAGACCCCGACGGCGGGAAGCAGAUGCUGCCCGAAUCGCUACAGUUUCUUUGGGACUUGCGAGCGACUGGAAGCUGCAGCUUGGGCACUGGACUGCGAGAGAAGCUAUAUGAAUCUUUUCCCUUAAAUUAUUUUUUUAUAAUGGUAGCGUUUUCUACAUCUUAUUACCAUUGCAGCUAAGGUACAUUUGUAGAAAAGACUUUUCCGACAGACUUGUAGAUAAGAGGAAGAGCUUAUCUGCGCAUGCUCUUUAUAUUCAUUUUUACAGUAUUUUUAAGAAUAAAGAAGCAUUUAAAUCGC